GACCGCCGGCGGAAGGUACAGGAGAAUGUCUGGGAAGUGUUGACACAAUGUGUGGUGUUGGCUAAUUAUUAAGUAACACAUGUUAGUCAUCCGCCAAUUGAUGAAACAAUUUAAUAAUGAUGAAUGAAUUAUCGUUAAUUAACUCUCUCGUGUUGUUGGUAUUACAGGUAUGCCUAGGUCUAGCAAGCGUUUGAGGGGCAAGCAACACCCUUAUGCCCCUGCCACUACUGCGGUUGAAGUAGAGGAUUCAGUUCCAAUACAGAUGCAGACCCCUCUAGCACCAGUACAGACUCCAGUCCAAACUCAAUCAGCCCAGAGUUCGACAGUGCAGCCCACAGUCCAGCCUUCAGUUGUGGUGCCACACCAUCAGGCACCAUCAACACACACCUUUGAGCAGACAGAAGAUCAGCAUAAUCAGGCGGACAGUACUAUGACUAGACCAGGUAUAAACGUUACCAAUAUUGUUGACAAUGUCAUUGAUCUAUCUAACCCUUCGCCACUGCUUAGUGUGUGUGGUGAGUUAGGUGUUAAUGUUCCCUUGAACAUCAAGGAAAAAAUAUGGAAAGGGGAAUUUUUGGAUUUGGGCUUGUUGUUAGCAACUGACCCAGAUAAUUUUUCUCAACAGCCACUUAUUGUGAAAAAUGGAUCUCUUCAAUUAGGAAAUAUUAGCAAGCGCAAGAUUGGGUCUAUUUAUGAGUGGACCGACAGUUUCUUAGUAUUUGCUAGCAUAUUUUUGGCUAAAUACCCAGCGAGGACACAGGAACUUUUGAAAUACAUAAACACAGUUCGUUCAGCGCACACUUCUUUCGGGGGGUAUGGUUGGAAGAACUAUGAUAGUCAGUUUAGACUGCGUCAAGCGAGUGAUCCAUCUCGCUCAUGGGGGACUAUUGAUGCUGAGUUGUGGCUGACUUGUUUAGGUCAAUCAUCAUUUGGUGUGCAGCAAAAUAGGGGGGUCCAGAACUGGCCUACUAACAACCAGAAAGUUUGUUAUGCUUAUCAGAAAGGAGCUUGUCAGCGUUUCAAUUGCCAAUUUGAUCACUUGUGUAGUAGGUGUUGGGGUUCGCAUCCAAGCAUGAAUUGUUACAAAUCCGGCUUUGCCCAAAACCCAUUACGAGGCGCGGGUAAUAUGAAUUUCUCUCGUCCUCAAAACCCAGCGUCUAUUCACCCUCCCAAUCAGUCCAACCAGUUUCCUUUUCGACCAAGGAACCCACGACAAGGUUACUUUAACAGGACAAUUCGUCCCUCUAACUAAUCAGGUUGUUUGUUCAUUAGGAUUUAGCCCCAUUAAAGUGCCAGUUUUAAGACAAAAGAUUGAGUCAUAUCCAUUGAAGGAUGUAGCUAUGGAGUUGUCUGAUGGAUUCGAGAAUGGCUUUAGGCUUCACUACCAAGGUCCCAGACAGGCAUUUGAAUGUAAUAAUCUUCAGUCAGCAAGGUCUAACCCAGAUCAACUUGUAGAGAAGCUUAACUCUGAAAUUAAUCUUGGCCGUAUAGCAGGCCCUUUUAAGGUAAAACCUUUUUCUAAUCUUAGAAUUUCACCCAUAGGUUUGGUUCCAAAAAAGUCAGGGGGGUGGAGAAUGAUUACCAAUUUGUCUUACCCCAAGGACUUAAGUGUAAAUGAUUUCAUUAAUCCUGAUUUGGCAACAACAUCUUAUACAUCAUUUGAUAAAGCAAUAGAGAUGGUAUUGAAGUUGGGUAAAGGUGCAUUUUUAGGAAAAAAGGACAUUAAGUCAGCAUUUCGUCUCUUACCAAUUCACCCAGAUGACUUUGUAUUAUUGGGUAUGAAAUUUCAAGAUAAUUACUAUUUUGACAAGUGUUUACCUAUGGGUUGUAGUAUUUCUUGUUCACUGUUUGAAAAUUUUUCUACCUUCCUGGAAUGGCUGGUUAUUGAUGAAGCUGGGCAUGACACAGUCGAACAUUACUUAGAUGAUUUUUUGUUUGGAGGAGCAAAAUCUGAAACUGAGUCACUUGCAAGUUCAGGGGGUACUUGUCAAUUACUGAUGGACACUUUUGAUGGUCUAUGCUAUGAACUUGGUAUUCCAGUAGCUGAUGAAAAAACCGAAGGCCCAACUACUUGUUUGUCUUUUUGGGGUUUGGAAAUAGACACUAUUGAGAUGGUAGUUAGAGUUCCAUUACAAAAGGUGCAGGAGGUUAUUAGACUCAUAGAUCAGAUACUUCCAAAAGUCAAGGUCAGGUUGAAGGAGCUACAAUCUUUGGCAGGUAGUUUGGCAUUUUGUACAAGAGCUAUGCCUGGGGGAAGGGCAUUUUGUAGGAGGAUUUAUGGGGUGAUGUCCGGAGUAUCUGAGCCCCAUUAUUUUAUCCGUAUUACUAAAGGUGUUCGUGAGGACUUGCAGACUUGGUUGGAAUUUUUCAAGCACUUCAAUGGUAUCUGUUACAUUUCUGAAGCUAAUUGGUUAUCCAAUGCCGAUUUGCAAUUAUAUACGGAUAGCGCUGGGAAUGCUGGGCUCGGCUGUGGGGCAAUAUUAGGUAACCAGUGGUUUGUUUGGGCAUGGCCUAGUCAUUGGGCGUAUAGCGUCGUUAUUAGAGACAUCACCUUUUUAGAAUUAGUACCAAUAGCCUUAGCUAUUUGUGUUUGGGCAGAUUCGUUAAAGAAUAAAAAGGUGAUUUUUCACUGUGACAACUUAGCUUUAGUGAACAUUUUGAAUAACAAAACUUCAAAGUCAGAAAGAGUAAUGAAACUUUUAAGACCAUUGGUUAUUCUUGCCUUGCGAAAAAAUGUUCAGUUUAAGGCGAGACAUGUUCCUGGAGUUUGUAAUUCUGUAGCAGACGCUUUGUCUCGUUUUCAGUGGUGCAGAUUUCGUCGGCUAGCACCUUGUGCCUACCAACUACCAUGUACAAUUCCGCAGGAAUCAUGGGACAGUUUAAAGCUGAAUUCCAUUCUCUAAUUUCAGCAUCGCUAGCUGAUAACACUAAACUUGCAUAUGAAAACUCCAGACGGGUUUUUGAAGGUUUUUGUUUGCAGUUUGACUUAGAAGUUAUUUGGCCCCCUCCUUUGUCUCACUUAGUGAAUUUUGUUCUUUUUCUGUCUAGUAGAGAGUUAGCUCCAUCAACAGUCCGAGCUUAUAUUGCGGGUUUAAGUUUUUACUCCAGAUGUAGUUUAGGUAUUGAUAACACCAGUAAUUUUCUAAUUAAAAAAUUGCUAGAGGGCAUGAGGAGGUCGAGAGCAAAGCCCGAUAGUCGAGCUCCUAUUACAAUAGACAUGUUGCAAAAAAUGCCAGUAGCAUUAUCGCGGGUUUGUAGCUCCCAAUUUGAAGCUUCAUUGUUUUUAUCUGCCUUUUUGUUGGCAUUCUUCGGUUUACUGAGGGUAGGGGAGUUAGUAGUAUGUAAAAGAAAUGCGGGCAAGGUUCUUCAGAUCAGUGAUGUCAUACUUCGGCAAGAAGCAAUUGAUUUGAUUAUUCGUUUUUCUAAAACUGACCAAAUUGGUCGCUCUACAAAACUAGUUAUUUCAGAGUCCGGUACAAACCUUUGUCCAGUGAAUGCCCUAAAAAAGUUCUUGAGUAUUCGUCCGAAUAUUGGGGGCCCUUUGUACUGUCAUUUUAAUCAGGAUCCGGUCACCAGAUAUCAAUUCACAUCUGUUUUGCAAAAGGCAUUGAAUUUUGCAGGGUUUGACAUUUCUAAAUUCAAAACUCAUUCAUUCAGAAUAGGGGGGGCUACUCAUGCUGCUUUGCAAAGUCUGGAUGGUCAAGCUAUUCAGAGGCUGGGUAGGUGGAAAUUGGAUGUGUAUAAGAAAUAUGUGAGGAUAUCAGGAGGGGGGAGUUCAAUGGCUUAAGUACAUGCUAUAACUGUUUAACAUGUGCUAACAGUCAUUUAAAGUUUUCAGAUCCGGUCAAAAUCUUCAUUGUUGGUUCAUCAAUUGUGAAGCGUGCACAACAUCAUGCGCAACUCAGUCCAAUUGGGCAGCAUUUAGGUCUGUAUAGCAGUAGAGGAAUACAAGUAUUUUGGCGCGCUCAGGGGGGUUUGACAAUUGAUAAUUUAGUAUAUCAAGUGAAUGAACUGGCUCGAAUUUCAGGUACCCCUGAGGUAUUAGUGUUGCAUUGUGGCGGGAAUGACAUCGGCCAGGGUGCAAAUACAUGGGAGUUGUGUAACUUGAUUGUUGGAAAUUUGACACACCUACACGAAUCAUUUCCAAACACGCUCAUUGUUUGGUCUCAGAUUCUCCCAAGAUUUAACUGGCGGAAUUGGCCUGCCGAAUGUCACCAUUGGUGCGAAAAAGCUAGGGUGCGAGUUAAUAGAGCAGCAGUUUCAUAUAUUUUGAACCACUGUGGGGGUGCUUACAUCAGGUACCCAGCUUUGAAUUUAAAUGCUCCGCAUAUGUUUCGUUUGGAGGAUGGGGUGCACUUGUCAGAUCUAGGGAAUGAAGUAUUUUUAGAUACAAUUGCGAAGGCUCUUCAGUUCUUUCUUCAUUACAAUAAACGGAUUUUCCCCUUCUAACAAAUUUAAAAGAAUUCCAAAGCGACUAAAGGAAGUUAAAGUACUCAAAAUUAAAAGUUAAGGUAAACAAUUAAAGGCAACUUAACACAGUUAGGUAGUCAAGUUAAAAGUAAGUAAACAAAUAGUUAAUAUUGUCGAACACCCUCUCCCCCCACCCCCCAUACACUGCACGGCUGGUUUGUCGAUGUUCAGGGCGCCUCGCAUGUCCUGGCAUGUUGGCGGUGGCCUCCUUUACUUGUCGUGCAAGCCAAUGAGGCCAUUUGGCGGAACUUCGACAAACACUAAAGUUAUUGGGCCUGUUGGAGAACCUCAGGCAGUUAUUGGGCCUGUUGAUGAACCUCAGGCAAGUUAUUGGAUUGGGCCUGUUGGAGAACCUCAGGCAAGUUAUUGGAUUGGGCCUGUUGGAGAACCUCAGGCAAGUUAUCAGAGCAUAAAGAAUUAAAUAAUACUUUAUAAUUUAAAUAAGUAAAUAUUCAAGUUUAAAUUUAGCGGAAGUGAUGUCAUAUUAUUCCGGUUGUAAACCGGAAGUGGAAAUUUAAGAGUAAACUUGGUGACUAUAUUGAAAUUUGACACUAUUGUGAAAUUUGAGUCUUAAUGAUAUUGAUGUAUAAAAUUGGAUUUUGUAAAUUGGACAUUGCCAUUAUGCCUAUGAGGCGUGCAUGUCAAUAAAGCCGUGGCCUUGAAUUGUCUAUUUGCGAGUCUGUUAUCUUUUAUAAUUAGAUUUAUUCUCUAAUGAAUAAAUCAAUUUAUGAAAGUAGGACCGCCUUUGGGCUACUUAGGGGUUGUCUGUUAUAUUUUGGUGUUAAUCCUUUGAAAAUUACCGGAACAUAACUUUCAACAUCAGCCCGGAAAUACGUUUUCGCAUAGAGCAUGCGCACAAGUCUUUUCUGUCACGGCCUGAUCACAGUUAUCAACGAAAACCCUCCCUCCCUUCCCUUUUAUAAGUAUUUGUGUAUUUGUGGGUGUUUCGUGGACAUGCUGUUGCUCCCCUCUUUUUUGUUUAUUUUUUUUUCAGGUUCUUUCUCAUGAUCAGCUACAGAUGGGGGUACAAAUCAACGUUUGCACAAUUGGAAAAUUAUUCGUAGUCGGAACUCUUGACUUGUGAAUUUAUUCUUCUAGGAUUGUCUGCUGGUUACCCUCUGGCACAUAUUCGGUAUAUUGAUUGAUGGUUAAAGUGUUAUUUACACAAAUUCUCCAAGUUAAUUAUCGCGGAACUUCGACAAACACUAAAGUUAUUGGGCCUGUUGGAGAACCUCAGGCAGUUAUUGGGCCUGUUGAUGAACCUCAGGCAAGUUAUUGGAUUGGGCCUGUUGGAGAACCUCAGGCAAGUUAUUGGAUUGGGCCUGUUGGAGAACCUCAGGCAAGUUAUCAGAGCAUAAAGAAUUAAAUAAUACUUUAUAAUUUAAAUAAGUAAAUAUUCAAGUUUAAAUUUAGCGGAAGUGAUGUCAUAUUAUUCCGGUUGUAAACCGGAAGUGGAAAUUUAAGAGUAAACUUGGUGACUAUAUUGAAAUUUGACACUAUUGUGAAAUUUGAGUCUUAAUGAUAUUGAUGUAUAAAAUUGGAUUUUGUAAAUUGGACAUUGCCAUUAUGCCUAUGAGGCGUGCAUGUCAAUAAAGCCGUGGCCUUGAAUUGUCUAUUUGCGAGUCUGUUAUCUUUUAUAAUUAGAUUUAUUCUCUAAUGAAUAAAUCAAUUUAUGAAAGUAGGACCGCCUUUGGGCUACUUAGGGGUUGUCUGUUAUAUUUUGGUGUUAAUCCUUUGAAAAUUACCGGAACAUAACUUUCAACAUCAGCCCGGAAAUACGUUUUCGCAUAGAGCAUGCGCACAAGUCUUUUCUGUCACGGCCUGAUCACAGUUAUCAACGAAAACCCUCCCUCCCUUCCCUUUUAUAAGUAUUUGUGUAUUUGUGGGUGUUUCGUGGACAUGCUGUUGCUCCCCUCUUUUUUGUUUAUUUUUUUUUCAGGUUCUUUCUCAUGAUCAGCUACAGAUGGGGGUACAAAUCAACGUUUGCACAAUUGGAAAAUUAUUCGUAGUCGGAACUCUUGACUUGUGAAUUUAUUCUUCUAGGAUUGUCUGCUGGUUACCCUCUGGCACAUAUUCGGUAUAUUGAUUGAUGGUUAAAGUGUUAUUUACACAAAUUCUCCAAGUUAAUUAUCGCGGAACUUCGACAAACACUAAAGUUAUUGGGCCUGUUGGAGAACCUCAGGCAGUUAUUGGGCCUGUUGAUGAACCUCAGGCAAGUUAUUGGAUUGGGCCUGUUGGAGAACCUCAGGCAAGUUAUUGGAUUGGGCCUGUUGGAGAACCUCAGGCAAGUUAUCAGAGCAUAAAGAAUUAAAUAAUACUUUAUAAUUUAAAUAAGUAAAUAUUCAAGUUUAAAUUUAGCGGAAGUGAUGUCAUAUUAUUCCGGUUGUAAACCGGAAGUGGAAAUUUAAGAGUAAACUUGGUGACUAUAUUGAAAUUUGACACUAUUGUGAAAUUUGAGUCUUAAUGAUAUUGAUGUAUAAAAUUGGAUUUUGUAAAUUGGACAUUGCCAUUAUGCCUAUGAGGCGUGCAUGUCAAUAAAGCCGUGGCCUUGAAUUGUC